AACAUGCUGCUUCGAAGCAUCUACUAUUUCUUACCUUCCCCGUCCAAACUCUCACUGCUCUUCUGUCCACACUCCCAUACAUUGAGCCAUUUUCCCCUCAAGCUAGGUAAAAGCCAAGCCUGGUUCGGAAUUCGAUCCUCCUUGAACAGACCAACCCAUUUUUCUGCGGUCUCGCCUCUUAUCCAAGAGAGAAAAAUGAUGACAUCUUGCAAAAAGCUGUCCAAAAAGGCACGUUAUGGAGCUCCCGAAAAUGUGCUUCGCAAUAAAUUAGAUCUUUGCUCAAAACACGGUGACUUGAAAGAAGCUCUCCGCCUCUAUCAUGAAGCUAAGCUGAAUGGAGUUUCAUUGAGUGUACACCAUUACAAUUCUUUGCUUUAUUUGUGCUCGGCUUGGAGCUGUAAAGAUGAUGAGGAAUCCAAAGAUUUGGGUAUUCAGGAGGGGUUUGAUAUCUAUAGGGAAAUGGAUUUCAAGAAGGUGGCUCCAAAUGAGGGUACGUUCACUAGUGCUGCGAGGCUAGCUGCUGCUAAGGAAGACCCUGUUCUGGCAUUUGAUCUGGUGAAACAGAUGAAGAAUUCUGGGAUUCCUCCAAAGUUGAGGUCUUAUGGGCCAGCCUUGUUUGGAUUUUGCAAGAAAGGGAUGGCGGACGAAGCAUAUGAGGUUGAUGCCCAUAUGGUAGAAUCAGGGGUGGUCGCAGAAGAGGAAGAACUUUCCGCCCUUUUGAGGGUUAGUUGUGGGACACAACAGGAUGAGAAAGUGUAUGAAAUGAUGCAUAGGUUAAGGGCAUCUGUGAGGCAGGUGUCAGAAGAUACUGCUGCUGUUGUUGAAGAUUGGUUUAGAUCCGACGCUGCUGCAGGCGUUGAAAUAGAGAAGUGGAACGUGGAGAAGGUUAAAGAAGGUGUAUUGAAGGGUGGGGGUGGGUGGCACGGGCAAGGUUGGUUGGGGAAGGGAGAAUGGGAAGUGGUGAGAACUGAGAUGGGGGGUACUGGUGUGUGUCAUUCAUGUGGAGAAAGGCUUGUUAGCAUUGAUAUUGAUCCGAUCGAGACUGAGAAAUUUGCUAAAUCUUUGACGGAGUUGGCUUCCAAAAGGGAGGCCAAGAAUACAUUUAUUCACUUUCAGGAGUGGCUUAAAAGGAAUGGUCCAUUCGAUGCUGUGGUAGACGGAGCAAAUGUCAGUCUUCUUAAUAGCCAGGAAUUUAGUUUUUUACAGCUCAAAUCUGUUGUAAACGAAUUACAUCAAAUAAGCAAAUCAAAGAAGCUGCCACUUGUUAUAUUGCAUACGAGUCGUGUGACAGGAGGACCUGCUUUGCAUCCUAGGAACAAGAAGCUAUUGGAAAGCUGGAGAAGAGCUGGUGCACUUUAUGCAACUCCGUUGGGUUCGUGCGAUGAUUGGUAUUGGUUAUAUGCCGCAGUUAGUAGUAAUUGUUUGCUGGUGACUAAUGAUGAGAUGAGAGAUCACAUAUUCCAGUUGUUAGGGAAUGGCUUUAUCCCCAGAUGGAAGGAAAAACAUCAGAUUCGGAUGACCGCAUCUAGGGAAGAGGGAGUUAAGCUAUGCAUGCCUCCUCCAUAUUCAAUUGUUAUACAAGAGUCGGAAGAGGGCAAUUGGCACAUACCGACAGUCACCGGAGAUGACCUUGAAACACCACGUCAGUGGGUAUGCGCCCGCCGGAGGAAGAAGAAUCCACCACUGCACACUCUCUUUUAGUAAGCACAUACGCAUACAUAUGUUUUCAAGUUCAUGAACAUCAGGGGAGAUAUUAGGAGGAAAAAAUGUUUUAAAAAUUUACCCCUUAAAAUCUACUCUAUAAUUUAAAAUUACCCAGCAUUUUAUCAUCCUGUAGUUUCGUACAAAGUUGAAGUUUAAACAGUGAAGUGGAAAAUGCAGACAAAUUUAGACUCCAAUAUUGUGUUUGUUUGUUUUUUCACCUAAACCUUUGAUGCUUUCUUAAAGUGCUUUUUCAUAUUCAAGAAAAUAGAGUAGUGGUU